AUGCGCGGGUACCAGGGAGUUGUCUCUUGGUCUGUCCUGCUGGCUGCCAUCGGGGGAGCCCAGGCGAAACUUGACUUGGACUCGACACAGAAUUUGGUUGUUUACUGGGGUCAAAAUUCACUCAAUGGCAAAGGUGACAAGCUCCAGCAGCCACUGGCGCACUACUGCGAUAACGAGGACAUCGACGUUAUUCCCAUGGCCUUUAACAUGAUGGUCAAUGGCCCAGGAGGCGCACCAGAGAUCGAUUUUGCUGUCACAAGCAAAGAUUGCGACGUGUUCCCUGGCACGCAGUUGAAGAAUUGUCCUUCGAUUGGCAAGGAUAUCGCCACAUGCCAAAAGAAGGGAAAGACUAUCCUUCUUUCUAUUGGCGGUGCCACUUACAGUGAAGGCGGCUUCAAGAACGAGGACGAAGCAAAGGAUGGCGCCAAGCUCAUGUGGGAGACCUUUGGUCCAAAGCAAGAAGGAUCAAAAGCUCUCCGACCCUUCGGUGACACCGCUCUCGAUGGAUUCGAUUUCGACUUUGAGGCCAAUGUCGAGAACAUGGCCCCAUUCGCCAACGCGCUGCGCUCUCUGAUGGAUGACGACAAGAGUAAACAGCGGUUUUACUUAACCGCGGCACCCCAGUGCCCCUACCCCGACCAAUCUGACAAGGAAAUCCUCAACGGCCCGGUAUACAUCGAUGCUAUCUGGGUGCAGUUCUACAACAACUUCUGUGGCGUCAACAACUUCAACACCGACAUGUCGAGCAACAAAUACAACUUUGAGGAAUGGGACAACUGGGCCAAGACUGUCUCCAAGAACAAGAACGUCAAGGUCAUUGUCGGUGUGCCUGCAGACACCACCGCCGCCAGCACCGGUUACAUCCCGUCGUCGAAGUUGGAUAACGUUAUUGAGUACUCGAAGAAGUUCGAGAGCUUUGGAGGAGUUAUGAUGUGGGAUGCCACACAAGCCUAUGGCAAUGACGGGUUUAUUAAGGACGUUCGGAAAAGCCUAGGAGGCGCUGAUGAUUCCGGUGCGUCGUCCGACCCGGCGUCACCAUCGGCGCCCUCUCCUUCUCCGUCCACGUCCACUGAUUUUUCGAAGGAGACAUCGUCAUCUUCCAAUGUACCCGAUUCCUCACUCUCAUCUUCCUCCUUCUCAUCUGCUUCUGCUUCGCCCAAGGCACCUGAGACUACCGCCGAAGCCAAGCCCCCUGCCGAAACUACCGCUGCGCCCACUACUACCACCGAGCCUGUGGCCAAGUCUACAACCACAGCGGCUCCCACACCUACUGCCACCCCGCAAGACGACGACUCGGAUGAUGAUGACAGCGACCCGCUUGAUAACAUCCUCGGAAACGACCUCAUGGGUCUGCUGGGUGGUCUCCGCGCAGCAAAUGAUGUUGCUGGCGGUAUUACCCACGGCUUGACCAAGGGUCUUCGUCGCCCGAAGCGCAGCCUCGCAUAA